AUGAAUUUUACAACAUUUGCAUAAAAUACCAAUCAAUCAACGCUUUCGUUUAAGAACAUCGAGUUUUUUUUAAAUAAGGUAUAUUAAUCAAAAGUUUUAGUUUUAACAAGCAAUUUAUCAAUCUCAAAUACUUAAUUCGGCUUUAAUUAGUUUAUUGAUUCAUAAUAUUUAUUCUAUCGUUCCUAAUAAAGAAAAUUAAAGGCUGUUUAAAUUCAAACUUUAAUUGUAUUUAAUAAUGAAUUUACAAAUUCAUCCAUGAUUAAUUUGCAAUCAAUUGAUGCUACCGAUAAUAUAUAAGUUACGAUGAGUGACAUCUAAUUAUAUGAUAACAUCAGAAAUUUGAAUUCUGAAUAAUUAUAUCUAUUUAUUUUGACUUGUUCAUAAAUACUGAUUUAAGAUUGUGCUAUAAAAACCUCAAAAAAUAUGCAGCAUUUUAAAUUAUUUGAUACAUAAUCAAUUAUGAUUGAAAACAUGAAUUACAUAAACGAAGAAUAAUCUAAAUAAAUACCUCUCUCAAUUGAAUGCUUUAAUAGUGAAGAAAAAUACUCAUAAUUACUUUAUAUUUCAGGGUUUUAGAAACUUGUAAUUCAUUAAAUUAUCAUUUAAAAUUAAUUUAGCAUAGAUUAUUCAUUUGUGCACAUUAUUUCAAACAUUUUGUAUUAACCUCAUGUAUAAGAAAUAAUUGAAAUAAAAGAUGUUUUAUUUCAAGGAAAUAUAUUAUUAAAAUAGCACCUAGGGAGUAUUUUUUCCUCAUUAUUGAUAUAUUCUGAAAAAUUAUAAGAAAUCCGAUUAGAAAAUAUUAUUUUUGAAGAAAAUUUUUUUAAUGAAUAAAUUGAUGAUCCAUCUUAAACUUCAGCCGGAUUAUUAUUCAUAAACUCCUUACAAAGUUCUGUAUUCAUAAGCAAUAUAACAUGCUUAUCAAAUGCUUUAACGAACUCUUCAAAUUCUUUUAUUUUUAUCAACUCAAUAUCUAUUUAGAUAUAUAAAGGAGGGGCAAUGUCAUUAACUUCUUCCAAUAUCAAUAUUGCCAUUGGUUAAUUCACUUAUAUAUCUUCUUAAAGUAGUUCAAUCUUUGAUAUUAAGACCUAAGGUUUGGGAAUUGUUCAGUUAAAUUAACUCUAAAUUAGUUAAUCUGAAGUUGAUCUAGUAUCAACAACUGAGACAUAAGGUUGUAUCAGUAUAUACUCAAAAGACAGUCAGUUAAAUUUAUUAAUAAGGAAUGUAAAAUUUUAAAACGUCUUUAAUAGAUUGAGUUCUUCAAUUUUGUCCAUCAUUCCAUCGCAAAAGUAUAAUAAAAUUGAUAUUAAUGAUGUGAUAUUAGAAAAUUGUCUCUCUUUAAAUAAUCAAUUUAUGAAAAUUGAGUUUACUUUAUAAAAGCAGGAUCAAAAUUUAGUAAUAAUCUAAAAUUUAUCUAUUUAUUAAAAUUAUUAAGAUUGGAAGGAAUAUUUCAAUAAAAUUUCUCCAAUUAGUAUAAGUGAAAUCAACAAAGUUAUUAUUGAUAAUGCUCUUAUUAAUUUAAAUGGAUGCUAACUUCUUAUAAAUAGAUUAAUAUCAGAAGGAAUAUAUAUUUCUCCUAUUUUAAAAAUUGUAGAUUCUUAAAUUACACAAAUUAAAAAUUGCAAAAUAAAUUCUAUUUAAACCUUUUAUUCAUUUAGUAUUUUUUAUUUUGGCUAAAUAAAAAAUAUAAAAACUUCUUUAUUUCUAGAGAAUAUUUUAAUUAAAAACGUUACAAUACUGUAAUUAAGUGAUGAGAAUAUAACCUAAUUCGAAGAUUUUCAAAUUAAAUUUGAUGUGGAUAAAUGUUCCAUUUAAAGAAGUGAUUCAAUAAAUUAAAUCUUAUAAUCUGAAUCUUUUUGGUCAAUUUUGUAAUAUUUAAAUUACAAUAUAACUUCAUAAGGGUCUUUAUUUUUUAUAUAGAGUAUCUCAAACGAAAAUUCAAUAAUUCUUAGAUCCUUAUCUUUAAUUAAAAACAAUUAUUCAAGAAAUCUUAAUGGAUUAAUUUAUUUUGAUCUUUACGGAUUCUAAGAUUUGAAAAUCAUUGAGGUUCAUUGUAUUUAAAAUAACAUAGAUUAAUUUGGAUGUCUCAACCUUAUAGCAAAUAAAAACUUAGAAAAAAAAAUUUAGUUAUCGAAUUCCAAAUUUAUACUCAAUAAAGGCAUAUACGGCUCUGCCAUCUUUGCAAAAUAAGUGAUAAUCCACAUUAAACACUGUUAAUUCCUUUAAAAUAUUGCAGGAUAACAAGGUGGAGCAAUCUAUUUUGAGAAUUGCAGCAACAAUUUUAGAAUUAUAAAUUCCUUAAUAAUAGAGAAUUAAGCUAAAGAAGGAGGUGGAAUAUAUUUUAAUGGAGUAAAUCAAAUCAAUUAAAAUAAUAUGAACAAUUCGUUAAUUAAAUUAAAUUCAGCUGAGAAAUUUGCAGAUAACAUUUCUUAAUAAUAAAUUCUUAUGAAAUGCAUUCUACCCAAGAACUAAGUGGAAAUCUAACAACAAAUACUCUUAUAUUAAUAUUCAUAUUCAACUAUAGAGUAAGGCAAGUUAUUGAAAACUAACUAGCUUUAUUUACCUAGUAAUCAACAAAUACUUAACUUUAAAAUAUUCAAUUAGAAUUAGUAAGGAUUUUUGUCAUAUUUUUAUGAUUUUUCAUUGGAGUUUUAAAACAGUAUAAAAGAAAAGAUAACUAAUUUUUAUAACUUUACUUGUAACUUAUAAAUGAUGUCAUAAACAUAAAGUAAUAAAUAAUUAUCGGAUCCCUACCCCAUUUAAGUAUUGCCUUAUGAUUUAACCAAAAAUUCUUAUGAUUUACAGUAAUUAUCUUUUUCUUUUGAUCCUUAUUAGAACACUGAUAAACUUCUUUUAGUUGAAAUAAAUUGUUCAACUUAAUUAAAUGUACUAAAAUACAUUUUUACAGCAAAAACCUUCAAAUGUUAAUUAGGAGAAUUUUAUGUUAAUAAUGGAUGUUAAGUAUGUCAAUCAAUUCAAGGCUUUUAUUCAGUCACUUACAACGCUACUAAAUGUUCAAUUUUUGAUAAGACCAAAUUUUAAAAUAUCACCUCAAAUAAAAUUUAAUUAUUGGAAGGGUUUUGGAGACCAAACAUUUUGUCAGACCAAACUGAAUAAUGCGUUUAAUGUAAAAAUUGCUGUUUAGGUGGUUGGAGAGUAGGAAACAACCUUUGUGCAAUAGGCCACAUAGGUGGUCUAUGUGAGGAAUGUGACAAUUACAAUAUUCAAGGAAAUGGACCCUAUUUUAGAAUUUUGUAGAGUACAUCAUGUUCGCAAUGCUUUUAUUUUUUAUCUGGUUUACUACCUUUUCUUCUGUCCUCAGUAUGGUAUUUGCUUUAAUUAUACUAGGGGACAAAUCAAUUAUUUUCAUCAUUGAAAUUAAAGUAAAAAUUUGGAAAGAUACUCUUUAAACUCAAUUAAGGUAAUAAUAACAUAAUUUUAGAUCAUGAAAGCAUUCUAAUUAAAAUGUUACUUAACUAUCUAUGGAUCUUUUCCAUUAUUUUUUCUUUUAAUAUUACUUUCUCAUUUUCUUUUGAUUUCGUUGAUCAAACUUGUAAUACAUCAUUUUUUAUGGCAAACAGUUUAGAUUGUUAUCUAAUACAAAUAUAUAACACUGAAGUUAAUUAUUCAAGAAUUAUAACUUAAUUUAUUCUAAUAUUUAUUCAGUUACUAAUAAUUUUUGCAGGUUUCUAAGUUCACUCUAUAGCAACUAAAACUAAAUUUGAUAAAAGUAUUCUAUCAAAUACUGCUCUAUAUCUUUACCUUUCAAAUUUUGCAGCCAUAGUUAAACAAUUCUUUUCGUUAUUAUCAAAAAGGACAAUUUCAGAUAUUGAGUAUAUUCAAGGAAAUGUAUCUCUUGAAUUUAAUACCUAAUCACAUUAUCUGUGGAUAUACUUUUUUAUUUUGCCAGGAUUAUCUUUUAUAGGAUGUUUUAUACCAUUUAUUUUGUUUUUUGUUAAUGUUUUUAAUGAGAAAAAAGCUUGA